AUGUUUAAUAACUAUCAAGUGAACUUAGAAAGACAUAGUGGAUUAACCAAAUUCCUGAGUACUCUUAAUGAACAAUAAUAGAAUGAGUUGCUCUCUGUUAUUUCAGACAUUUAACAUCUCCUUAAUAAGAACAUGGAAGAAAAGGAGAAACUAUUGAAUGUAGUGAACAAUAUGCAAAUUCAAACUUAAAAUAGUUUGGACUCUGAGUUGUUAAAAAAUGCAGAAUUGACUAAAUCAAUUACAUAGCAGAAACACAUCAUAUCUAAACAGAUUGAAGAAAUAGCAUAACUAAAUUAAUUUGUAAUCUAAAGGAAAAAAGAGAGAAGAAGUCUUUAUUCAUCCCCACUCCAAACAUCAAAUAAGCAAAUGAUCUAAUAAAGCAUCCUGCCAGUAACAUCCAUAGAUUAUUACCAAAAAUUAUUGGAAGAACAAUGUAAGAGGGAAGAUUCAAUGUUGAAAUUAUGGAGGAAACUACAGCAACAAAGUUUUGAGAAAGUCAAGUCACUCUAGGAAGCCGUCGAAUAUUAUCUAAUCGAUCAGAAUACUAAAUAUGAGUAGAAUUUAGCUUUGUAGACCGAUAUAAUCAAUAAAUUGGAAGACUAAUUAAACAAGUAUAAAGUGGCUUUAAAAUUGAUAAUGAAUUAAAAUUAUAAAAAACCAAUUUCAGAGUUAUUGGCAGUUGCCUAAUCAUUGAAUCAAGAGAAUGAGAUUUAAGAAUUUGACUAUGAGCAAUUAAUAGAAACUCUUAUAGAUUUUAGUCAUAAACGAGACUUGCUUUAUUAGUUACAAUAGAAAGAAACUGAAGUAGUUUUAUUGAAAAAUAAGGCUACUAAUAACGAAGAGUACGAUAAAUUGAAUGAACAAUAUAAUAAGUUGCAGGAAGAAUAUAAAAUUAUAGACGAUUAAAGGAAGGAGUUGUUGAGUUUGAGCUAAUAAAUGAAUGAUAAGAUUACACUAUAAUCAAACCAAAUAAAUUCAAUGAAUGAAUAAAUUGCUCAAUUAACAUCAUUGUUUGCAAAGUCUUUAUAAGAUUUGGAGACAGUUUAAGAGGAGAAUGAAACUUUGAAGAAAUGCUAAUCGAAUUUCACAACUCGAACAAGUGAAGUUCAUAGUCGAUUCUCAGUCGGAUUAGAUGACAAAUUAAUUAAAUGUUUUAAUUCAGUAUGUAGUAAUUAUAAUUCACAAUCAACAAGACACAACAAAAGUAAGAAUAGGAGUAUGCUAAGUCAAUUAAGUAAAUCAUCUUAUGGGGAUGGUGAAGAAUUGUGUAGUUUAUUGGAUUAAGUGUUGAAUCAGGGCUUCUCCUUGAAAAUAAUUGAAUCUAUAACUUAGUUAAGCAACACAGGAUUACGUAAAAGACUCAAAGAUCUUUUAUUUACUAUCUACAACAACAAUAAUGAAAUGGAUGCUUUAUUUAGUUCUCUUGGCACUUUAAUGAGAGACUUAGAAAUUCCAUUUCAUGAUUUCGAAAUAAUUAAUGAAGGUUUCUUAAGUAGUACUUGCAAAUUGGAACGGAAUACUAAACAAAUUUGCGAGUUACUUCAUCAUUUAGUUAAUAGGAAUAAUAAAUAAUAGACAACUAAACAUGGGGCUCAAUAGAUUGGACUGUUAUCGAAGGUGCUUCUGCAAUUAUGUCAAGGGAAUGAUGACACUAUUGUUGAGCAUAUUGAUAAGCAUAUCGAAAUCUCAAAAUAACUCAAAGAUAAAAAAAAUAAGUAACUUAGGGAUCUCCAAUUCAGUGCUUGCAAAAUGAUUAUGGAUAUCUUUAAGAAAUGGAAACAAAAUUAUAUUCAUAUUACAACCAUUUUAUUUAGUAUCCAGAGGGGGUUACAACAGGAUUAAGAAAUUCAUAUCCAAUCCUAUCUCAAUGAACUUACCAAGAGUGACCUAGGCAAGAGUAUAUAAAAAGAAUUGAAUAAAUUAUUUCAAUUACUUAUUUGA